GGUGAUGCUGGGGGUGGAAAAGGUCAUGUAUGCCCAGCUGAAGGACACACAGGAGCCUGUGCCUGCUGUCCGAUUACCAAUCCCAGUGUGACCAGUGCUCCCAGUAGCACAUGGAAGAGCAUCUCUGCCCUGGCAGGGUCUGCUGGGCACAACGGGGCUCCCAGGCUGGAGCAUCCUGGGGUACACUGGAAGCCACUGUGGGCAUGCAACCCCCUCUGCUCUCCCUCCAGCAGGAGCCCAGCGAGGCCCCGACCCCCAAGAGACCCCGUGGACGGCCGAAGGGCAGUAAAAACAAGGCCACCACAAAGGGCAGGAAAGCUGCAGUCACGCCAGGGAGGAAACCUCGAGGGCGACCCAAAAAAUCGCAGCAGGACGAGGAGGAGGUGAACAUUUCCCAGGAGUCAUCCGAGGAGGAGCAGUGACACCUCCCGAACCGGCGCUACCUCAUCGCCCGACGGCCCCGCAGCGGCCGGGGGAGAGGGGCGGGGAGAGACCCACCGUGCCGCCCUGGCUUCCUCCUCCUCCUCCCUCCUCCGCUCCCUCCUCACCCUCAGACAACGGCAGCACUGGAAAAUGGCCCAACCCGGGCGGCCCCCACAGCCCCCGCCCGGGGGGGGCACCUGCCCCAGCUCCCCCUCCCCAGCCCUGGGCUUCGGGGCAGCCCCACUGGAAAGGGGGAUCACAGCAGAGAGCUGAGGCUGGCACCCCCCACCUUCGCUGCCCCCCAUGCGGUGAUCUCACCCCGCCCAAGUGGGUGCUGGCUGCACCCCCCAGCACUGGGGCUUCUGCAGGGAAGAGAUGGGGGGGCAGUGAAAGUGAGACACCCCCCCCAAAUGCAUUAGACCUUUGCUCUGGCCCUGCUGCUACCCUGGGCACCCCCUUUGUCCCCCCAGUCCUGGGUGACUGCACUGUGUGCGGGAGCAGCUCCCACAGCGCUGCCAGGGCCCAGUGCCCAUCCCAGGGGUGCCAGUCCCCAGGGGUGCCCGAGCACCCCUUUCCUCAUAGGUUCUGGUAUAUAUAUAUUUUUUUGUUGAGUACUUUUUUUCCUUUCAUUCACAACUACCUCUGGAUAUUUAAGUUCCACUCUCUGAACUCACAGACGUGCUGCUGCGCUGCUGGGGCACUGUGGGCUCGGUGGUUCCUGUUUUCGGGGUGUUGCUGGGGGCUGUGGGGUAUUUUUUUUUUUCCCCUUUUUUUUGGGCUCCAUUUUUCUUUUUUUUUUUUUUAAUCGUUAUUUUGAGGUCUAGUUCGCUCUGCUGCUUCAAGGGAUCGAGGCUGGCAGGGCAGAGGUGCGGGGGGACCAUGGGAUGCUCCCCUUGCCCCUCUGCCCCGGCACGACGGCUGCAGCGGGACCGGAGGUCGGUGCCGGGCGGCCCCGGCGGGAGAGAAUCGGGGUUUGGUUUGGGUUUCUUUUUUGGUUCACUGUUAACGACCUUUUGGGUUCCUAUUUGCAGUUACUUGAAUAAAACAUUUUAUGGAUGUUUGUGUCGCCUCUGUCCCCGCCCCGGCUGGGUGGGCUCUUCCCAGGGCAUCUCCACAGGGAUAUCCGCGCUGGUGGCAGCCACCAGCCACCCACGGGGAUGAGCUGCCGAUAGAAACAGAAACAGGCAAAGCCUUUCUGCCCCCCAAAAUCCCGCCCAAGGCCGGGAACCCCAGCCCCACGCCGAGCCUCGGGGCCAAGGCAGAGACACGUUUAUUUACCCCACUUCCCCCAGGCAUCCCGUGCCAGCAGAGCCUGCUGCUCCCUGCCACUGCCCCAGCCCCUGUGGGCCCUCCCGGCGCUUUCCAAGGGGCUGCUGGAGCAGUUCAAG